AUGAAGUUGGCUCGGCAGCUUCGUCUUGCACCUCACUGGACGGAGGUAGAGGUCUGCUCGGACAAUUGCCCCGUUGAGCUGGUCCUCUCCCCCGGUGUUGGAGCCGUUCUCCAGGGAGGCGUCAGCAGCGCCCAGCCCGUCAAAGCCGGCACCUGGCCUCUUGGUUCUCUUUCCACGGAUCAGCAAUGUGCAGACUUCUACCCGGCAUCGCCGCUUCGAUCGGUGAUACUCGCUGCCCCUGAACGCCCAGACAGAGAGGAUCUCCCGAAAUAUGACCGAGCCGCUUUGCUGGAUGUGGUCGGCGGCAAGGUCACGCUGACCCAGGGCGAUGGAGUUGUUGCUCGAUUGCAACUAGGAGGUGUGGCGUGGCUGACCACGCCCCUGCGGAGGCUGCCUCUGGACCCAGACAUCAUGGGUCAAGAUUCUCAAAUUGGCUACAGAAGGUCAGGCAACUUGGUGUUCCUCGAUGGUGUGCUUCCCAAAAUCAACUACUCGCAGGAGGACACCGUGAUCUGUGCACUUCCUCAGGGCUGCCAACCGAAGGGAGGCCGACGAUGGUAUCUGUCGGUCUGCUUCGAACAAGGCUACAUAUGCUUCCUUCGAUUCUUCCUGGAUUCGGCCGGCUUUCUUUCGGCAUGUCGGAGCCACCUGCAGGGCCGUGCUCGCGAUGGACAUUCCUACACUGUCCAGCAACGCAACCUUGGCGCUGUGGCGGCGUCUCUUUCGUCCGUGCGCUUCCUCCUGACGCCUGGGACGCCGCUAGAGCUGCUAGCAGGUGCGAAGCCACCUAAGCAGCAUGCAGCACGGAAGCAUCUGGCCUACUUGGGUCUCCAGGACGGCCCUGGUCUGGUUAACCGAAAGGCUCACGACGCUUACGUGUGGGGAAGCUGCCCAGACGAGUAUUGUGAGAGGACGGCUUGGCACCAGCUGCGCAUGGAGAGAAUGGUGCAGGCUCUGGCGAUUGGCCUUGCAAACGAUGAAUGGCUACUCCAUGAACUGACCAGUUUCCGCGACAACAUCCCAGCCCAAGCCACAACAGAAGCACAACCGGCGAGAUGUGAUGUAGCGGAUUAUGUUGCGCUGGUAACGCUUCACAGGCUGCUCGACAUGCAGCCUCGUGCGUUCCAGCCGUUGAUAACGGGCACGUGUGUAAAUCUGUUCGCUGUCCUCCAAACCUCUUUGAGGCAUGCCGUGGUAACGGCAAUGGCCGAAGAUGCUGGGAGCCAGUGCACCGACCUGUCUGGCAAGCCCUUGAAAGUUCCCACGGCCGCAGAGAAUUUGAGUUGGCUGGAAGUGGCUGAAGAAGUCUUGGAGAUUGAUCCUUGUGACUCAUCUCGGUGCUGUGGUGGAGGCCAUCUUGGAGCACGUGCGCACGCACCGCGUGACGCACAUUCAGGGCGAGACGGGAUGUGGAAAAAGCACCCAGGCGCGGCAACGGACAGCGCAAGGACAGUGCAUCAGACGGCUCCCGAGCGGGAGCUGGCGUGUCAGGUGCCGAAGUAUGUGAUGGAGGAUGCUGUGAAGAACGGGGAGGACCCAAAAAUAGUGGUGACGCAGCUGGGCGCUCGGGAAGUGGGCGCGAGCCGCCCAUCAUUGGCUGCAUGUCGCAGAGUGCCCAGGGGUGUGUUCGCUUCAAGGCCUCGGCGAAUGGCGGCGGUCAGCCUGGCCCGCCGCUGCGCUGCUGAGCUCGGCGAGGCCGUUCUUGGGAGCGCAUUCUUCCUUGCGUGCGCGUGCGUGCACCGCCGGGAGGGCGGGGGGCUUCGGCUUCGCACAAUGUUCUUGGGGCACAAUGUUCUUGGAACGAUGUCGGCUUCUCUGGUGCUUUGCUGUCAAGGAGCUGGGGAAGACCGUUGGAUACAAGAUCAGCAGCGCGGUGGUGACUCUGUCAGCGGGAAGCUUUGCUUUGCGACAACAGGCUUCCUCCUGCAGGUUCUCGUCAACCAGCCGGAGGAGUCCCUGGACUGA